AUAACCUAAUUUGCUCAAGUGAAGAGAUACCACACAGGGAUUUUCUAAGUGCCUCCAAUUUGCACAGGCUGGCGUGCAGAGACAUGGAUGUCUUCAUGGAUAAGGAUUUCAGUAUGACUGGCAACACAAGUCAUGAAACACCACGAGCAAGAAUAGAAGGAAACAAAGACCAAGGACUCAACCACAGCGACCCCUUGGACAUGUUCAUAGGCAUAGAGCUCCUUCAGCGAUACAAGCCUCUCUUCCUGCCUCUGUACUGCCUUGUAGUGGUAGUAGCUGUUGUUGGAAACUCCUUCCUUUUAGCUUGCAUCCUGGCUGACAAGAAACUCCACAAUGCCACCAACGUUUUCAUCGGUAACUUAGCAGCAGGUGACCUGUUGAUGUGUUUGACUUGUGUUCCGCUGACAGUGUCUUACGCCUUCGACAGCCAUGGCUGGGCUUUUGGAAGACCUUUCUGCCAUUUGGUUCCCUUGCUGCAGUGUGCCACAGUAUUUGCAUCAGUGCUUUCACUCACUGCUAUUGCUGUGGACCGCUAUAUUGUUGUAGCUCAUCCAGUACGGAGGAGGAUUUCUGUGUGGGGUUGCGGUGCAGUGACUUUGGGUGUCUGGCUUUUAUCUUUGGCCCUGGCCGCACCUCCAUCUUACUACACAGACUACCUGGACCUGCGGCCCACGGGCAUUGACCUGGUAGUGUGUGAAGAAUUCUGGCCAAAUAGUGGCAAUCUGCGGCUUCUCUACUCUUGCUUCAUUUUAAUAACCUCAUAUAUGAUCCCACUGCUGUCAGUUAGCGUAUCCUACUGUGCCAUUACUAUCAGUUUGAAGCGCUAUUCAGUGCCUGGGGAGCCAUCAAACAGUCAGCAGCGCUGGAGCCAAAGGAGGAAGAAGACUUUCUCUCUGCUGGUGGCCUCAGUGCUGGCCUUUGCCCUGUGUUGGCUGCCUCUCCAGGUGCUGAACCUGUUGCUGGACUUGGACCCGGACUUCCAUAUUAUGGGCAAGCGCUACAUAAAUGUCUUACAAGUAUGUUGCCACUUAGUGGCUAUGAGUUCUGCAUGUUACAACCCUUUCAUUUAUGCCUCACUGCACAGCAAGGUGCGAAUGCACCUCAAAGGUUAUCUCUGUCCUUGCCACAACCACCAGAGAAGGAUGGUGGAGAGAUCCAGGAGUUGAACCCACAAUGCAACUGUAGCAGCUCUUGAUAUGCAGAGCCCAUUCUUAUCCGCAAGUUAGCACCUGCACCCCAGCAUGAGCGUUAAUGUCUGAGACAUCCAGGAGAAUACAAUGCAGCGGUUCAAAUUUUAUUUAAACCAUUUUCUUCAUGCUUUACCAGCAUGUUGUGACAUCAUGGCAUUUAGUCCUUUCUUGUAGCAUCUUCUAAGGCAGUGCUAAAAAAACAACAACAAAAAAAAACACUGCUUACAAAAAAGAUCUAAUGAUGGUAAAGAAGAAAGAAGACCAGUGAAGAGUCCACUGGGAUCCCUGUGUUGUGCUUAGAUGGCAGUGCUGCAGAGGCUAAGCAGACGCUGCAGCUUUGAAAAGGCCAGUGGGGGUAUAAACAGUAUUCAGCUGUAGCAGACUUAUGCUUGAGGCUGAGAUCAUGGGUGUUAACACUGGUUACAUGGACCGGUUUGCUUAAACAUUAAACACUUGACUUCAGGGAGCUGACCGUACAGUGAACUCCUCAAACCAGAUGUGGAUCAGGAAAAUACAUGUGAUAGUUUUAUGUUGUCCACAGAACUGA